UUCUAGAUGUUAUUUGCAUAUUUCGUAGGAAUCGACCAGAACAGUUUUGCAGACAUGUAUAGUGAGCAUGUCGAAAACGAAAUGGAUUGAAUUUUUACAGUAUUUUGUGAGACAUUGCGAGGGGAUUUUGAUAAAAAAAAAAUGUUAAUUCUUAGAUGCUUAAAAGUGAUCUGGUCGUUUCUUACAGCAGUGUGCGUGUUUAUUCAGUUUGUAAAGCAUGACGGGAACAGCGGGAAAUAACCACUGCUGGAAGAUCUUCAGAAAGAUUCAAGCCAAAAGUAUUGAGGUAGACGACCUUGGUAAAGCCAAAUCUUUUCAAAUAUGUAGUUUACAAAGGCCACAUAUGCGCGCCUUUCAUACGUCUUGGUUCUGCUUCUUUAUUGCUUUUACAGCAUGGUUUGGUAUUCAGCCCCUUAUACCAACGAUAAGGAAGGAACUGGGUCUCUCUAAAAAAGAAGUUGCACGAUCCGGAAUUGCAAGCAUUUCGGCAACAAUCAUUGUUCGUAUCGCUGUUGGUCCAUUGUGUGACAAAUUUGGUCCAAAACGCGUGAUGUCGGGCUUGCUGAUCGGAGGUGCCAUCCCUCUUGCGUUUUCCGGUUUAAUAAGAGAUGGGCUAGGUCUAAUUAUAGUUCGUCUUUGUAUUGGUGUACUUGGAGGAGCAUUUAUACCUUGCCAGUUCUGGACAUCUGCUAUGUUCAAUGUGAAGAUCGUUGGUACUGCCAAUGCUUUAGUUGGAGGCUGGGGUAAUCUCGGAGGUGGAUUUACGUUCAUUAUCAUGACGGCACUAUUUGAAUUGGUCCAGCUAUGUGGCGCGGAUGAAUUUCUCGCCUGGAAAAUUGCUCUCGUUAUUCCGGCUGUUGUUGUUAUUGGAUUCGGUAUACUUAUUCUAUGGACCUCUGAUGAUUGUCCACAAGGUAACUGGUUACUAAAGAAGCUUCCCGAGAAAGACAGCUUUAAUAAACAGAGGGCAAAGAAUGUCGACAGCUCUUGCGAAGAUGACGAAAGCGAUACAGAAGACGGUUGUGAAGAGCAUUGGGUUUGGAAUCACAUCUGGCUGAUAAUAACAAUCGCAGUUCUUGUUAUCCAAUACGGCCUCUGCUUCGGUGUUGAAAUAGCAGUUAACACAGUUAUGAACUUGUACUUUUUGUAUAAAUUUGAGAAGGACGGUUGUACAGAAGGAUUACAAGACGUUGUGCAAACCAAUAUCACCACAAAUAUGAUCAGCACCACAACCAUUGCACCGUCUGACGAUCCAAAUCCUUGCAGUAUUCUAUCACAGGACACCGCAAGUCUAAUUGCUUCUCUCUUUGGUUUGAUGAAUUUGUGUGCAAGAGCUCUUGGUGGAAUAUUUUCCGAUUUCUUCAGGAAACACUUACAAAUCCCUGGCCGGUUAUUGGCGCACGUUAUAUGUAUGACAGCAGAAGGUGUAUUUCUGAUAAUAUUUAGCCAAAUGGAGACAAUACCUAUAGCUAUUAUAACUAUGGUUGCUUUCAGUUUGUUUGUUCAGAUGUCUGAAGGCUCUACUUUCGCCAUUGUUCCAUACAUUUAUCCACGACGUGUUGGUAUUGUUGCAGGAUUCGUAGGGGCUGGAGGAAACGCAGGUGCAUUGAUUUGGAACACGAUAUGGUUGAAUCUGGUUGAUACUGAUCCUAGUCGAUGGUUUUUACUUUUAGGUAUAUUUGUUCUUUGUGGAAAUGUGUUGACAUUGCUUAUUCAAGUGCAGAGAACGCGCAUCUGGAAUGUCUUCGAAAGCUGCUCUUAUCACAAACGAGGGAUGAUCCAGAAUUAAACGGACUGUUGUCAAAUUUCUCUUAUUUAUUAAAACGUUAACAUGAUUGUACGUACAAAUAAAGUUUAAGAUAUAAUUUAUAGCAAACCCGUGUUUGAACAUUAUCUAUACACGUUGGCGGUUAUACGUCGGGCGUAAUAAUUUCACGAUGGCGCAGCCCUAUUGUAAUUAUUUCGUACGACGUAUAAAAGCCAGCGUACAUAAACAAGUGUUCAAACACGGUUUGGCUAUAAAUUAUUUCUUUUAUUGUAAAAUUUAGAUCAGAUAGGACAGAACUCUUCUCAGUGCGUGUGUAAAGUACUAGACAGUUGUCCUAUACAUUUCGUCUUUAACAUGUUUUUGUGCCCCUCGUGUGUUGUGGGGGCAUACAGAUUUGGUCUUGUCCGUGCGUGCGUCCGUCCGUGCCACGUCCGUUCGAAGUUUGUGACGCUCCUAGCUCCAAAAGUAUUUGAUAUAAAGUGAUAAAACCUUG